CUUGUCAGGAAAUAAUCCACCGUCACUUUUGGGGCCACGAAUUGACUUAUGUAUGUAAUUGCCUGAACAAUACCAAGAGUUGGCGUCGACACGAUAUUUCUAAGAGCCUCACAGCUCACUUCCUGUCCCCAUAAUCACCUACUUCUCCGUCGAUCAAUUCUAACAUUCGUUACCCUUACUUGGCGCAACCUUUCUUCCUAUUCAUGACCCAAGCUUAGGGGCUACCUGCUGCCUCUAUCGUCUUCACAAUGCAGGCCUCUUCGGGAAUGCUAACAAAGUUCGAGUCCAAGUCAUCGAGAGCGAAAGGCAUUGCCUUUCACCCAAAGAGACCAUGGAUCCUCGUGUCGCUACACUCCUCCACCAUUCAACUGUGGGAUUACCGCAUGGGUACCCUCAUCGAUCGCUUCGAAGAACAUGACGGUCCUGUUCGAGGCGUCGAUUUCCACAAGACCCAACCCCUAUUCGCUUCUGGAGGCGACGACUACAAGAUUAAGGUCUGGUCAUACCAGACGAGGCGGUGUCUGUUCACCUUGAACGGACAUCUAGACUACGUACGAACCGUCUUCUUCCACCACGAGCUUCCAUGGAUCAUAUCAGCUUCCGACGACCAGACGAUUCGGAUAUGGAACUGGCAAAAUCGGUCGCUAAUUUGCACGAUGACUGGCCAUAAUCACUACGUUAUGUGCGCUCAGUUCCAUCCUAAGGACGACCUUGUGGUAUCCGCUUCCUUGGAUCAGUCUGUUCGCGUUUGGGAUAUCUCUGGCUUGCGAAAGAAGCACUCCGCCCCAACCUCUAUGUCCUUUGAGGACCAGGUCGCUCGAUCAAAUGCUCAGCAGACCGACAUGUUUGGCAACACCGAUGCAAUGGUGAAAUUCGUACUCGAAGGUCACGAUCGCGGCGUCAACUGGGUUUCUUUCCAUCCUACGGCCCCGCAUAUUGUCUCCGCCGGCGAUGACCGCCUUAUAAAGCUCUGGCGAUUUAGCGAAACCAAGGCUUGGGAAGUGGACACCUGCCGUGGUCACUUCCAGAAUGCUUCUGGCUGCCUGUUCCACCCCCAUCAAGACCUGAUUCUGUCGUGCGGCGAGGACAAGACGAUUCGGGUAUGGGAUUCUCAGAAGCGUACUGCUGUUCAGUCUUUCAAGCGGGAAAACGACAGAUUCUGGGUAAUCGCGGCGCAUCCGGAAAUCAACCUGUUUGCUGCUGGUCACGAUAAUGGUGUAAUGGUGUUCAAGCUAGAACGAGAGCGCCCGGCUUCGACCGUCCACCAGAACACGCUUUUCUUCAUCACGAAAGAGAAGCACGUUCGCUCAUACGACUUCCAGAAGAACACCGAAAGCCCGACUUUGUUGUCACUGAAGCGACUUGGUAGUGCUUGGGUCCCUCCUCGGACGUUGUCGUAUAACCCGGCCGAACGCUCCGUCCUCGUUACUUCCCCUGCCGAGGGCGGCUCGUACGAGCUCAUCAACCUCCCUCGGGAUGGCUCUGGCGCGUUGGAUGCGACAGAUUCGAAGCGUGGCCAAGGAAAUUCAGCCAUUUUUGUCGCACGCAACCGUUUUGCCGUACUUAACACAUCUACUCAGACCGUCGAUAUUAAGGAUCUUUCUAAUAACACCGCACGAUCCUUCAAGCCCCCUAUUGGAACUACGGACAUUUACUUUGGUGGCACUGGAAAUCUUCUCAUAAUCACACCUACAGCUGUUCACCUCUAUGAUAUUCAGCAGAAGAAGAGCAUCGCGGAAUUGGCAGUCAACGGAGUUAAAUACGUUGUCUGGUCUAAUGAUGGCCUUCAUGCGGCGCUUCUCAGCAAGCAUAAUGUGACGAUUGUCACGAAGACGCUCGAGCAAGUUAGCACCCUGCACGAGACUAUCCGAAUCAAGAGCGCAACUUGGGAUGAUGCGGGAGUUCUGCUCUACUCUACCCUGAAUCACGUCAAGUACACCCUUAUGAAUGGCGACAACGGCAUUGUCCGAACUCUUGACCAGACCGUAUACCUCGUGAGGGUCAAGGGUCGAAAUGUCUACUGUCUUGACCGUUCGGCUAAGCCCAAGAUUCUCCAUAUUGAUCCGACCGAAUAUCGCUUCAAGCUGUCCUUGGUUAAGCGCAACUACGAAGAAAUGCUUCACAUCAUACGUACCUCCAGCUUGGUGGGUCAAUCUAUCAUCUCGUAUCUACAGAAGAAAGGAUACCCCGAGAUUGCGCUACAAUUUGUACAAGACCCGACUACUCGUUUUGAGCUCGCCAUAGAAUGCGGUAACCUUGAAGUGGCUGUGGAGAUGGCCAAAGAGCUGGACCGACCUAAGCUUUGGACAAGAUUAGGGACCGAGGCCUUGGCACAUGGAAAUCACCAGGUCGUGGAAAUGGCUUAUCAGAAGCUCAAGCAGUUCGAUAAACUUUCAUUUUUGUAUCUUGCAACUGGUGAUCAUUCAAAGUUGUCAAGAAUGGCCAAGAUCGCUGAGCAUCGAGGUGACUUCACAGCAAGAUUCCAAAAUGCGCUAUAUCUUGGCGAGGUUGAGGACAGGAUACAGAUGUUAAAGGAGAUCGACCUAUAUCCUCUGGCAUACAUGACCGCGAAAGCUCAUGGUCUCGAAGAAGAAUGCCAGUCAAUCCUAGAAGCAACUGGUGUCACCGAGGACCAACUGACGUUGCCCACUUUUGGAGAGAGCCUGGCCCCCCCAAAGCCGGUUGUGCCGACUUACAAGGCUAACUGGCCUACAAAGGCGACCUCGCAAUCCUUCUUUGAGAAGGCGCUUGCUAGCCAAUUAGAAGGCAUAACUCUCGAGGACGAACCUUCAGCAGCCGCCAAUGGGUUUGGUGAAGAAGUUGCGGAUGAGGAUGUCGCGGCUAAGCGAAAUGGUGCUCUGGAAGUUGAGGACGAUGAAGAUGCAGCCGGAUGGGAUAUGGGCGACGACAUCGCCCCUGAGGCCGAAAGUGACUUCGUCAAUGUCGAGAGCACAGAUGCUGGAGGUGCCGGCAGUAGCGAGGUUGAUUUAUGGGCUCGCAAUUCGCCAUUGGCCGCGGAUCAUAUUGCUGCAGGUUCAUUCGAAUCAGCUAUGAAUCUCCUCAAUCGGCAAGUCGGUGCUGUUAACUUUGCACCUCUCAAACCCCGCUUCCUUGAGAUUUAUUCGGCUUCAAAGACAUAUCUACCCGCGUCUCCUGGAUUACCUCCCCUGAUUAACUACGUACGCCGCACCUUGGAUGAGACAGAUCCAAGGAAAGUCUUACCCAUCAUCCCGCGGGAUAUUGAACACCUCGCUACCAAUGAUCUUCACAGGGGAUAUGACACAAUGAAGGCAAACAAGCUGGAGGAGGGUGUCCAGAUUUUCAAGGGUAUCUUACAUGCUAUGCUCGCAAAUACUGUUUCAAGCGAGACCGAGGUGGCGGAAGCGAAGAAACUCAUCUCCUCGGCAAGCGAAUACACAGUCGCCAUGUCGAUCGAGCUCGCACGAAGAAAGCUAGGCUCUCCGGAUACCGUGAAUAGCAACCCCGCUCUCCUGAAGCGAAGUCUGGAGCUAUCAGCAUACUUCACCAUACCUAAGAUCGAGGUUCCCCACCGACAGCUUGCUCUCCUAAAUGCUAUGAACCUAGCAUCUAGGAGUAAGAAUUACAGCUCUGCGUUGAGCUUCGCGAACCGCAUCCUAGCCAACGGCGGUGCUAACAGAAUUCUCGAAAACGCACGCAAGAUAAAAGCACAAUGCGAGCGCAACCCUCACGAUACGGUUGAGAUCGAAUAUGAUCAGUUCGCCGAGUUUGAAAUCUGCGCAGCCAGCCAUACUCCUAUCUACAGCGGUACUCCAUAUGAGGAGUGUGCUUUCGAUGGAUCCAAGUAUCACUCUAAAUACAAGGGCACCGUCUGCACAGUCUGCGAGGUAUGUGAAGUCGGUAAACAUGGCAGCGGGCUCAAGCUAUUUGCUUAAAUGGAUGGGGGGUUUUGGGGCAGCUACUGAGUAAUGUCACCCGGUGGAUCUGGCUCGUCGGUUGAGAGAAAAAGUCAUUACUGCUGGACGGAAGGGGGCAGGGGCUAAAAAGAUCACAUUAGAAGCCUGGGAUGAGGGAGAUGUCUGAAUCAAACGUGCCCACGUCGUUGAUGCAAAUAAGUAGUAGUUAUUGUGUCUGGAACAAAAUCAUGAUGCUUCUUCAUUACGAGGUUCGGCUAUUGAGUGUGGUCUAGAAUAAGCAGCAAUGCAUGACCCCCUUCACGCCAAUGCGUUAAGAAUGUCUAUUGGUUGAUUUGCGUUUAUUCGUACACACAGGCUCAUGGAGCUUUCUGGCCGUGUUCCCAUCCACAGUCCAUUCGGCCUGGCCUGGCCCAUCUCUCAUGUCUUGUGGUAUUAUUAAGUCUAUUCGGAACUCC